AACGGGGGCGUUGUCGUCGUAAAGCAGAAGCCGGGCGGGGUCGUGAAGCGUUCUCCUCUGUGGUGACAGCGGUUGAGGAGUUUGUCAUUGGCAGCAGCAGCGGCGGCGUCGGUGGCGUCGGGCUGCGUCCGGGCCUUGUGUUUUCUCCUCCGGCCGCUGCCCUCAGCCUUCCUCCGCCAUGGCGGCGGCGCUGGCGCGGAAAGCCGCGGAUUAUGUGCGCAGCAAGGACUUCAGGGACUACCUCAUGAGGUCGCACUUUUGGGGACCAGUAGCUAACUGGGGGCUGCCUAUUGCUGCUAUCAAUGACAUGAAGAAAUCACCAGAGAUCAUCAGUGGACGAAUGACAUUUGCACUUUGCUGCUACUCAUUGACCUUCAUGAGGUUUGCAUAUAAGGUGCAACCCAGGAACUGGUUGCUGUUUGCCUGUCACUUUACUAAUGAGUUCGCACAACUUAUUCAAGGAGGACGAUUGAUUAAAUACAACCUGGAAAAAAAGAACUGAGCAUUUAAGAAGAGAAAAUGGAAAAGGUGCUCCUAAUUACAACCAAGAAAGGUCUUUGCCAUCCACAUUUGGUAGUUUUACAUCACCAUCAUCCCGUGAAAACGUCUGUGCUAAUAUUCCACAUUACAUUUUAUAAUUCAACUUUUUAAAAGUGCUGAAAAGCAGUUUAAACACUACAUCAGUUUGCUGCCUUACAAGUACUAAAUCUUUAUAUUUGAGAUUUUUCAAGCCAUGCACAUGCCAGCCUUUCUGAAUUAUUGAAAGAUGGAAGAACUUCAUUAUGGAUAUUUGACAGCCAUGCGCACAAAUGUACUUGGUAAUUCUGGUUCUGCCUCCUUAAAUGCAUUGAAAUUGUAUACUAUAUUACAGUACUUGCAUUCAGGGCCCUCCAUUCCUGAACAUGUUUCUAGUUAAAUUGUACAUCCAUCCUCCUCUUCAGCACUUUUCCGCUGACUGAAAGUGGGUAAAUACUUGCUUAAUGUUAUAUUCCCCUACCUUCAUAAAACCAAAUGGAAAGGGCAAAAUCUGUAACAGUGGCUAUGUUGGUUUAAACUACUCCCUCCCCGUGUUGCUCAAGCCUGCUGUGUGGCUGUACUUCAGUUAUACUUUCACACAGCCUGCUUUUCUAAAAUCUGAUAUUUUGGUCUGAAAUACCAGUUUUGUGUGAAUUAACCAUUUGAACAAGGUAUUUGCAUGUUGGUAUUACAGAAGAGUCUUGCACACCUUUUCAGAGACCUUGGCAGAAAGAGAACAGUUCUGCAUUGCACUGAGAAUAUGCUGUGUCAAUCUUGACAUUUCAUCUCAACUCUCCCAUUUGUUACAUGUUGUGGACCUUACAUUCAUACCAGUGUGUGAAAUCCAUAUUAUUUGUCAAAUAUUUUCCUAGAAAUGCUGUGGUAAAAAAGCAGUAACGAAAGCACUUCAUAAAUUUAAGACCUCUGGGCAGAUAUAUCUGAAGGAUAUUGUGCAUUUAACUGGACAUUUCUGAAGACAAGCAUUUAUUCAUUUUCUUUUUGCCCACUUGUGCUACAUUAGCUAGCAUAAAAGAACAACUAGACUGUAUAUAAUGGUUGUAUUUUUAAGGCAACAACUCUGGGGCAGUAACCAUUCCCACUGGGGAGAAGUUACAAUUUGAAGAUUUUAAUCAAACUAUUGGCAAUAAAACAAUUUUGAAGGA